AUGGCCCUGUCCGUGCGCACGAGCGGCGCGGCGCGGCACUCCUCUGCUCGGAGCGGCCUCGGCGCCGGAUCCAUGAGGAUGUCCAGUUCUAGCAGCGCAGGCGGCUUUGGCUUCGGCGGGGGGUCCACGGCAGGCUUCGGCGCUGCCUCUUUGCUUGGCUCCAGCUCCGGCCUCAGCGGGGGCUUUGGGGGCAGCUCAGGGGGCGGCUUGGGAAGCGGCUGGAGCACUGGGCUCGGGGGCGGCUUCGGCAGCGCCCUGGGCAGCGGCUACGGGGGCGGCCUGGGCAGCGGCUCAGGCGCCGGCUUUGGAAGCGGGUUUGCCAGCGGCUCAGGCGCCGGCUUUGGAGGCUGUUUUGGCCCGGGUGGCGGCGGGGGUGGCGGGGAUGGGGGCCUUCUUUCUGGCUCAAAAAAAGAAACGAUGCAGAACCUCAACGACCGUCUGGCCGCCUACCUGGACAAAGUGCGAUCUCUGGAGGAGGCCAACACCGACCUGGAGCGCAAGAUCCGCGAGUGGUACGAGAAGAACGGCCCUGGUGCCGGUGUCACUGGGUCGGGGAACGACUACAGCAAAUAUUACCCCAUCAUUGAAGAUCUCCGCAGCAAGAUCAUAAAUGCGACUAUUGACAAUGCAAGAAUUAUUCUGCAAGUGGAUAAUGCCAGACUGGCUGCUGAUGAUUUCAGACUGAAAUAUGAGAAUGAACUGGCUCUUCGCCAGAGUGUGGAGGCUGACAUCAACGGCCUGCGCAGAGUUCUUGAUGAGCUGAGCUUGACAAGAGCUGAUUUGGAGAUGCAGAUUGAAAGCCUCAAUGAAGAACUGGCUUAUCUCAAGAAGAAUCAUGAAGAGGAGCUUCAGGGCUUCCAGGGCAGCGCGGCCGGCCAAGUGAGCGUGGAAAUGGACGCUGCUCCAGGAAUCGACCUCACCAAGCUGCUGAACGACAUGAGAGGGCAGUACGAAGUCAUCGCUGAGCAAAACCGCAAAGAGGCUGAAGCAUGGUUCAACGAAAAAAGUGGGGAGCUGAAAAGGGAAAUCACCACCAAUACUGAGCAGCUUCAGUCUGGAAAAAGUGAAAUCACAGAUCUAAAACGGACUCUUCAGAGCUUAGAAAUUGAACUACAAUCUCAACUUGCCAUGAAAAAAUCCCUUGAAGAUACUUUGGCAGAAACGGAAGGUGGUUACUGUGCUCAGCUUUCCCAAAUGCAACUUCAGAUUGGGAAUCUGGAGUCUCAGCUGUUCCAGGUGAGGGCGGAUAUGGAGCGGCAGAACGCGGAGUAUCAGCAGCUUCUAGACAUCAAGUCUCGCCUGGAAAUGGAGAUUGAGACUUACCGCCGCCUGUUAGACGGCGAGUUUGUGAGCGCUGGACAGGGAGUUACAUUUGAAAGCUCAUCUUUGACGGGAUCCAAAUCACAAACACAAUCACUGGAUUCUUCCCAGGAUCCUACGAAAACCAGAAAGAUCAAAACAAUUGUUGAGGAAGUAGUAGACGGAAAAGUUGUUGCAUCCCACGUUAAGGAAGUUGAAGAGAAGAUAUGA